ACCCCCCCAGGGACACGGCCUGGGUCAGUUCAGCUGCUAGUGCUGCCGCCACUCGACAGCCUUGGGUCCAUCAGUCGGUCCUCUCUCCAGGUCCCACCGCACGCACUUGACUCCUGUAACUGCAGCACGCACCUGUCGCCUGACGCUCGGCAGCCCGGCUCCAGCAUGGCAGAACAGACGCCCUUCGACACAGAUGUCAACACGCUGACCCGCUUCGUAAUGGAGCAGGGCAGGAAGGCCCGCGGCACCGGAGAGAUGACCCAGCUGCUCAACUCGCUGUGCGCGGCCGUUAAAGCCAUCUCCUCGGCGGUGCGCAAGGCAGGCAUCGCGCACCUCUACGGCAUUGCUGGCUCUACCAAUGUGACAGGCGACCAAGUUAAGAAGCUGGAUAUCCUCUCCAAUGACCUCGUUGUGAACAUGUUGAAGUCAUCCUUUUCCACCUGUGUUCUUGUGUCAGAAGAAGAUAAACGUGCCAUUAUAGUAGAACCUGAGAGAAGGGGAAAAUAUGUGGUCUGUUUUGAUCCCCUUGAUGGAUCUUCCAACAUCGACUGCCUUGUGUCCAUUGGAACCAUUUUUGGCAUCUAUAAGAAGGAAUCAACUAAUGAGCCUUCUGAGAAGGAUGCUCUACAGCCAGGCAGGAACCUGGUGGCAGCUGGCUAUGCUCUCUAUGGCAGUGCCACCAUGCUGGUGCUCGCCAUGGAGUGUGGUGUCAACUGCUUCAUGCUGGACCCGGCCAUCGGAGAGUUCAUUUUGGUGGACAAGAAUGUGAAGAUCAAAAAGAAAGGUAACAUCUACAGCCUUAACGAGGGCUACGCCAAGGACUUUGACCCAGCUGUCACUGAGUAUAUCAAGAGGAAAAAGUUCCCCCCAGAUAACUCAGCUGCCUAUGGCGCCCGGUACGUGGGUUCCAUGGUGGCCGAUGUUCACCGCACUCUGGUCUAUGGCGGGAUCUUUCUGUACCCAGCUAACAAGAAGAGCCCCAAUGGAAAGCUGAGACUGCUGUAUGAGUGUAACCCCAUGGCCUUCGUCAUGGAGAAGGCGGGGGGCAUGGCUACCACUGGGAAGGAGGCUGUGCUAGACAUCGUUCCCACUGACAUCCACCAGAGGGCGCCGGUGAUCUUGGGGUCCCCUGACGACGUGCAGGAGUUCCUGGAGGUUUACAAACAGCACUCUGCCAAGUGAGGGGCCAGCUGCGCCCAUUCCGGAAGGAGUGUCCUCCACUCGGACCUUUCGUCUCACGUCGCCCUCCCCUGUUGUGGCAGCACAUCCUGCGUCCCUAGAGAGCAGAAAUAAAAAGCGUGGCUGCUUUCACCCUCAAAUGCCGUGUAAUGCCUGGUGCUACAUAGCAAAAUGCUGUCUGGAUGAUGUCGCUGGUGGGCAAGAUGUAUCCUGAGCAAAUGGAGGAGAAAUAAACACGGUCUUCCUUUUAGGAAAA